AGAUGUCUGUCGAUAUCCAUUCAUGCAUCAUAUUUCACUUCGCCGUCAAUCGUGCCUCUUCAUUUUGCCAAUGGUUUCAUAGCACUUCAUUUCCAGACAGCCUCAGUGUUCAGCCCUUCUGGUCACACUUCCUUUCACCAUCUACCAACCAAGAAUGCAUGGCUAUACAUCGGCUCUCUAAGCAACUCUCUUCAAAUUCAACUUCCGAUUCUUAACACCCAUUCAUCCUCCCCGCCUGUGCCACCAUGUCAUCAGGUUCUCGCCAGUCUCCUUCACCACCGCAGGACCUCUCGGGGUCGCAGUUAACGAUUCCCUCGGAUUCCGAGGCAUUUUCUUCGCUCUCCCCUCCCUCUUCAUCACCGCCUCAAUCGUCCGACAACAAUGGCUCUCACCCGGUUGUGAUAUACCAACCGCCUACAGUCUGGGGUAUUUUGAGAGGGGCUGCUAUCAAUCUGAUCUUACCUUUUGUUAACGGUAUGAUGCUGGGAUUCGGCGAGUUGCUGGCCCAUGAAUUUGCUUUUCGAUUGGGCUGGAGUGGGACAAAUGUAUGGCCACGCCAUCGAAGCUCUCAUCCAGUCGGGCCGGGGGUUGAAAUGCGAGGUGAUCCUCUGGAACGAAGAAGGAGAAAUAGCACCUACAGCCCCGAUGUUGCAGAUGCUGCUGCUUUGGAAUAGAAAAAAAUAUGCUCGGGUUCACUUCCACAAAGACAAAAAUUCUAGCCUUGUACAUAUUUCACACAGCAAGAGGAAGGUGCUGAGAGAGUUCAAUCAGAAGUCGCAAUUCUGGCAAGUCCUCUCACAUAUUGCCUAUUCCACAAUAUCCUUCGACGUUGGCCUCUAAUGUAUUGCAUUCGCACAGUAUCACUUAUUGGUUAACGCUUGGGCGGCAUUCGUAUGAACAUCAUUACUGCCCGGCACUCUUCUGUCACCAUGUCAGCAAUGUUCGCCCUCGGUGUCCGAGCCCUUUCCGGCCUCGACUACAAAAUCGUCCUAAUAGUCCUCGGCUGCGUCAGUGCUUGCGCUGUAUCGGCCGCGGUCAUUGGUUUCUGCUCUGCUCGAUGGACCCCCAAGCGUACGCCGCACUCGUUGACCCCGGGACAUACUCAGCUAGCAAAACCUCGCCGUUCCUGUCCUAUCCUGGCCCCGAAUGACCUCGAGGCACAACAGAAUGAUAUCAUUGAGAGAAGAAAUUCCAAUAUACUGGCUAGCCGUGUUUUUCGAAAGCAAGAGCUAGAUAUGUACAAGAGUCACAAUCCCCCCAAGCCAUCAGGAGCAUUGAUCCUCGACAAAUAAUCAAUAACCAAUACACAGUUGACCACCUCGACUUUACCUUCCUAUCUUUUCAGACACUUGACUCUCCUCCACGCCUGAGAGUGGUGAUGACAUCCAGACCACGAAUAUCGCUAUUGAAGGAUUGUUCCAUUUCUCCAAGAGCUUGAAAGCAGAUGACAAGCUUUUUCUCAGCGAUUUCCCUUUCUGGCCCGAAACCGUGCAGCAACCAUGGACAUGCACUUCUGCCGCGGCCAUGACUACUGCCACCGCUGUGGCAUUGAUGUACCAAGGUGUAAAAUAUCGACGGUAAAGGCGGAGGAUGCAGCAAAUCUCCUGAGCAGUGUGUGUACAGGCGGUGCCCGCACCAAGAUGUGACUCUCUUACUAGAUAAGAAUGGCGGAAAGGAUGAUACGCAUCUUCUAAUAAAGCAUGUAAAGCUGCAGAGCCAUGGGAGGCCAUAGAUCACAAGAAAACUGAUUCGACGGUGGCCAGCGAAGCAGCUCGAGGAGAUUUGCCAUCCACGUUUCAAGCUCCUUAGCCAUGCUUGUCAGGAACAGUUCUCUGGCCUGUGGGCUCUCCGAACCCUCCGAGUAAAGGCAGUCAAAAAUCCUCUCGAAUUUGAGCGCUAGUUGGACGACACAGGUGCUGACCAGACCAAAGCCUCUUGUAUCGAUCGCUGCUGGCAUUGCCAUCAAAAUUCCAUUCUCAAGGGGGGGUUCCCAUGGACUAUCACUCGGCGGUUUGACAAUUGGCCUCUUGCAGCGCAUUGACCGCACAGAAGAAGACCGUCCACUGUUAUUGCUGUUGUGUAUGUUGGAUGCGCAUACGGUCCAAAAAAAGAGUGUCGGCCUUGGUUCAGAUGAUUCGUGUCGAGCGCAUGGUCCAGGGUAUCAUCGUCGAAGUCUAGUGGCAUGUGCAAUCCCAAAUCGGUUGUCAUCUGUACCGCAAUUCCUGCAAGUGGGAAUUUAGCAUCGACAGACAUGGGCUAAAACCUCCACCAUUCUCUUCUAUACCUGAAUAUAUCCAACCUGGAUAUCUGUUAGC